AUGUUCCGUACCUACUCUCGCUCUCUAUGGCAUCUUGCCUCUAGAGCUUCUCCUAGUACAGCCAAGCUCGCAACCCAAACAUCACAUCGAUUCGCAAUUGCUCCUCUCCUCCGUCAACCAGCCCGUAUUACCUUCUCCAGCAAAUCCGACAAAGAGAAUAAGGACCCUCCCCCUCCAUAUCGAACUAUCGACCGCGAGGCCGAACGUAAGCGCGGACAAGAACUACUAGGGUCAGAUCCAAGCAAAGUCUCGUCCCAGAGCUCAGUGCGCCAUGUUAUUGAGGAACCUCAAUCGCCCCCAACCAGCGAACAUGACAUGGCCAGUGAGCUGAAGCAUGACAUAGACAUUGUCAAAGACACAUUUCGAUUCAAAAGCGUUCCCCGCGAGUCGCACAUCCUUGGCCUUGCCGGCACACUGCCCUAUCUGGGAACAUCUCUCUCCACCGUCUUCCUUGCCUGGGAUCUUCACAAACAGUGGCCCACCGGAAAUGCUUUCUACGAUACCAUCUUUGUUGACCAUGAGACGGCGAAAUACUUGUUGAGCGUCAUUGAGCCCCUACAGCUUGGAUAUGGCGCUGUUAUCAUCAGCUUCCUCGGAGCAAUCCACUGGGGUCUAGAAUAUGCCGAGAAGCAACCUCUUCGCGAACGUACUCGUUUCCGAUAUGGCAUGGGUCUGGCUGCCUCCAUCAUCGCCUGGCCUACUCUCUUCCUACCCGUCGAAUAUGCCCUCACCACCCAGUUCAUGGCCUUUGUUGCCCUCUACUUUGCUGACUCAAGAGCUGCCACUCGUGGCUGGGCACCUCCAUGGUAUGGCACCUACCGCUUCCUCCUAACUGCCAUGGUCGGCCUUGCCAUAUUCAUUUCUUUGGUGGGCAGGGCCAAGAUCCGCCAGGGAGACUCCCUCAGCGGUCACGGUCUGAGCGACAACUUCUCAAAAUCUGGCAUCGCUGAUACCAAGACCAACUGGACCAAGUUGGAGGAGGAAGAGAAGGAGCGUGUGAAGAGAGAGAAGAAGAAGAAAGCCAAGGAGGAUGAGAAGAAGAAGCAGGAAGAGAUGCAAGCAAAGAUGAAGAGCGAAAAGGGCCAUGACCAUACCAAGGCAGAGGCUGAGGACAGUGACAAGGGUGAGGAACAAAGCGAGAAGAGUGAUGAGAAGGAGGACGGUCAGGAUAAGAAGGAAUCCAAGGACCAGGAGAAGGAUAGCAACGAGGGCAAGGACAACGAAAAGGAGAGCAAAGACAAGGACGAAAGCAAGGACGAGGAGAGCGAGAAGAAUGAAAGCGAAGAGAAAGAGUCCAAGGACAAGGACAAGGGCGAGGGCUCCAAGGAGCAGGAUGACAACGACAAGCCCCAAGACACCAAGUCCAAGGGCGGGAAGAAGGAAUAAUUUGCAUCUCAACACCACGACUUGAUGACGGCAGAACGGCCAUGUAUAAUAAGUAGCGAUUAGCGGAGUUGCUUGAUUUCUUGGUGAUUCGUUCUCAGAUCAUGCAAUAAUGA